AAGAGUAACAGAUCAUAAUGACACACUCACGAACGGUAAAAAUAUAAGUGCUGAAAACUCAAAAUCAAAACAGAACGUAUCAUGUACGCAAACUCCGACAAUUAAAACAAGGAAGCCACUCAGGCCGACUUCCUUACAUAGAUCUUUGCCAAAUUUUGACAUAACCCCGGAAGAUAUAAUUACAGAAAAUCAAGAUAUACCGCCACUAGAAGUCAUCAGUCACAAUGAGGAUAAUAUGCCAUCCGGUAAUAUAACAAGCAAUUUCCAGCCACCAAUCCAUUCUACACCAAAAUCUCCACCCGAAAAGUCGCAUCUAGAAAAAGAAAAUGAUCAGUCACUACGACAUAAUACUCCAGGUGAUUUACCCCCAAGCCAAACACUACCCGAAAUAGCAAUGAAAAUGGAUGCAAAAUUAAGGGUAAACAUCAAAGAAAAAGAACACAACGGUAAAAAUGGCAUACAGGUGGAUAUUUGAGAAACUGAUUCACAAUCAAAAUGUGAAAAUAAGACUGACAAAGCAAAACCAAACACAGUAAAUAACAUCUCUCAUGGGGCAGGGAUACUCCCAACACAUACAUCUCAUGAAUUAAUGCCAGAACAAAAUAGCAUAGUAGCUAUAAGCAACAACUCCUCUGCCAAAGAAACUAUAAGCAACGUUGUAAAAGACAUCAGCAAUACAGCAUAACUAAUACAUAUCACGGAUAAAAACUUGGAUAAUAAUCCAACAUGUAAUACUGACUGACUACAACAUGACUACUGUCAGUGGAUUUUUAGCAAAUGAGGAGUCGGAGUAUGAAGCCUCGGACACGUCUUCAGAAAAUUCGGAUCCUCUUGGAAUACCGGUAUCCGUCUUUGAAGCUUUCGACGAUUUUGCAUACGUCCCUCGACAAGCCGAACGAGAACGAGAAGUAGAGUCAACGACUCCGGACACCUCGGUCUCAUAUCUUGGAAGAUUCAGAACAUUUAAUUACGAAGAUCACUGUGCACAACCACAUGCGAACCUCAUACGAAGCGAUGACAUACCACCAUACCCACCGGGUAAUUGCUUAUUCCAUUUCAGUAUCAAAACAGCAAACUUAAAUUAUUCGGCUCUUGGCCUCAGAGCAAAAUUAGCUCAAUCGCCUUUCUUACAGAAUUGUGGCAGCCCUCAAGAAGCUUUGAAAAUUCUGCAAUCGCCAACAGAAUACGGAGAUGCCGACUGCGCAUACAUUUUUGCUUAGGAAUUUAAACAAAAUGUGUGUAUACAUUACUAGCAGAGCAACGAAACCAUGGAUUACUGGCAUGUCACUACAAACCAAACGCAUGAUUAUAUUCAUUUGCAUUUAGUAGGCAGACACUUCACGCCAUACAUAAAAGUAGAAUCCAAUAUGUUGCCGGACUUUGAAGUUUCCGAACCUAAAGAAUCACAAUGCAAACAGCGGCAACAAACAGUCGCAUGGUGCGAGCGACAAACAAAACCUCUUAGGCCAAAACAAUUUGCAAACCUCUCAGAAUCAACAUGCAAGCAGCAACAACACUACUACACCGAAAUCUGUUGAUAUGAGCACUAGAGAGGCUAUGAUAAUUGAAAGGGGUAAAAAUGCACUGUUGAAUCGGUAUCUUGUAGUAAAUACAAGGCCACCAAGGGAAAAACCUCCAUGGUCAAUACCAGAAAAUCAAGUACCUGCAUUAUUUUCCAAACUAAAGGAAGUUCCAGAACAUCCAUUCAGAUACAAAGAAAACUUGAUUUUCUUACUAACCACAAACAUAUACCUUGAAACGGAAAUCCUUAACACUAUGCUGGAAAGAGGAUAUGUAAAUGAAAAUACUCUGAAAAACACCGAAAGAAAUUUGGGAGAUGUUUUCAUAACAGAUUUUAAAGGCAUGAAAUUUUCGGAUUAUUCGUCAAAAGUCACGUUAAUGAAAAACCGCUCAAAACGCAUUUAAGGAAAUAUAUUAAAAAUCUAAGAUCAGAAAUUGCAAAAUCAAAUAUAAAUUCUUUUGCAUUAAUUAGAGAUCUAGGAAUGUUGAGUUUAUCAGAGUGGACAGACUUCAUAAGCCUAUUUGAGACGAUCCUCAAUGGCAUACCAGCCAUUGGAAUAAUUUAUCUUAAGUCCUUACUUGUUCCUCCGGUGGCAGACAGGUACAAACUAAUUAAGGAAUACCACGAAGCCGCUAUGGCUGGACAUAGAGGCAUAAACAAGACUAUAAGUAAAAUCGCAAACGAUUAUUAUUAGCGUAAUAUGAGACCAGAUGUACGGCAAUUUGUAUUGGGCUGCCCUCAUUUCCAAACCAACAAACUUAUAAGGGUAAAAACAAGAAUGCCCCUAAAAAUAAAGGACACGCCGUCUAAACCAUUUCAGAAAGUCUUAAUGGACUUUUACGGUCCGUAAAAGAGUUCAAAAGGUUACAAUUAUAUUUUAACAGUACAACACUGGCUAACAAAAUAUUGCAUGUUGAUACCGAUAAGAAGAGCGACAGCUGAAGAGGUCGCAAGAGCAUUCACGGACAAAGUGAUAUGUUAUUUUGGCCCGCCAGCAGCUAUAUUGACAGAUCAAGGCACACACUUCCAAAAUAGACUCUUGGAAGAAUUUGCUAGACUGUUUAAAAUAGAAAAAUAUUGCUCAACAGCCUAUCACCCGCAAUCAAACGGCGGUAUCGAAAGAAUGCAUCAUACACUAACUGAAUAUUUAAAAAAGUACAUGGAAUCACAAACAGAUUGGAGUAGGUGGCUUCCAAUUUGCCAGCAUGCAUAUAACUGCACGGAACACGAGGCGUCGGAUUUCACACCGCACGAGUUAGUUUUCGGACAAAAACCACGUACACCGUCAAGCUUCUAGCCAAGAGACACUGACACGUCCGUAACUUAUAACCAAUACAUUACUGAUUUAAUAAGCAAUUUAUCUCAAUUGCAGACCUUAACAGCAAUGAACUCAAUUCAGGCGAAAUAUAGAUCAAAAUACUACUACGAUAAGAAACUGAAUGUAAAACAUUUUAUAGAAGGAGAACUAGUCUAUGUGCUAAAAGAACCGCAGAAGGGCAAGCACGACCGAGAUUACGAAGGACCCUACGAAAUCAUUGGUAUAGAUUAUAAGACAAAAAAUAUCAAAUUGAAAAACGGGGAUAUAAUCAAAAUAACGAUCAUGGAUAAAAUUAAAAGAUGCACGGCACUCAAAGAUUCACCGCCUUGCCCUCAAAGCAUUUUACAACACACCGAGAGAUGUAUUAGUAUUAAUGGAAAGUAUUGCGAGUAAACAUAAAUUAUUGGUCAUUCGUGAAAGAUUAUCAGAGAAGUUGGAAUUCAUUCGUUUUGAUCCAUAUA